CAAGUCUGUUGAGAUGAUGAAAUCAACAGACGCUCAUCUUGGGGUAAAUUGGGACCGUGGAUGUCACUAUGCGAAAUUAAAAUUUGAAUAAUAACAUAUAAUAAUAAUAAUAACUGAUAGUUGCGGGGACGUUGAAAGCUCUAAGGAAAGUCCAGGGAGAGCAUAACGGCUGCAUUAUGUGUGCAUUGAGCGAAAUACAAAUCUGGAUCUAUAAUUAGCGUCGGCGUGCGUUGUUUUAUCGCAAACAUGCGCUAAAAGACAGGUGUGCUUGUUGUUGUGAUGGAACUAGAAAGUUUGUGAGUCAGAGUUGCUGUGGCUACGAGAAGCUCUCAGUCGCGCUGCGCGGAGUUGAGCCCCAGUAGCAGCAGCAGCCAGGAGAGGACGACUUUGCCUGACCUCGUUUGCGCUUUGAAUAUGUUUAGAUUUCUCAAGUUCAGCUCUCUAAAAUCUCCGAACUCAUGGUGAAGAGAAAGAAGACGCCGUCUGCUUCCGAGGAGCUCGAGAAUUGGAUGACAGUGGGUCAAGGGGGCGGCUCGGUGGUCGAGGGGCCGAGCAAACCGGACCGAAAACUCGACGGAGGCGAGGAUGGAGAGAGCGCAGAUCAGGCGAGCGAGGAGACGAGUACAAAGAGAGUCGGAGAGGAAACACGUAAUCCAUCAAGCGCGGCCAGCCCCGGUUCGACUCCUUCCAGCCAGACACCAAGCCCAGCCGGAGCCCAGGUGAACCCGACAGCGCUUUCCCCGGUCUUGGCCGGCCCGAGCAACCAGGACCAGCAUCAUUUUCUCCGCUCCAGCGUGCGACCUCCGAGCAAACGGAUACGGAAAGAUGCCUCGUCCGCGGCGCUGAACGGUCACGGAGCUGCGAAAGGUGCAGAAGCGGGUCCCUCUGUGUGUGUGACAGCUGCUGCAGGUUCAGCUGGAAGCUCUGGGGUGGCUGGGACAUCCAGAUCUGCCCCAAAGGGCCAGGGUCCUGCAGAGAAGGAGGAAGGGGGGAGUCAGAAACGAGUGCGCAGACAGUGGGAGUCUUGGAGCACUGAGGACAAAAACAGUUUCUUUGAAGGACUUUAUGAGCACGGGAAGGAUUUUGAAGCUAUUCAGAACAAUAUUGCUCUUAAAUAUAAGAAGAAGGGUAAACCGGCAAGUAUGGUGAAGAACAAGGAGCAGGUGCGGCAUUUCUACUACAGGACCUGGCACAAGAUCUCUAAACACAUUGAUUUCAACAACGUGUAUUCACGUGUGCUGAAAAAGUCCUCCCAGGAGCUCUAUGGCCUCAUCUGUUAUGCUGAACUCAGGAAGAAGGUUGGAGGCUUGAUGGAUGACAAAAAUGUGGCCAAACUAAAUGAGCUUAUCCAACAGGGGGCCACAACAGUGCGCUCCAAAGGCAGAAAUCUGAGGAUCAAAGCUCCCAUGUGCCGCGCACUGAAGAAACUCUGCGACCCAGAUGGUGUGAGUGAUGAGGAGGACCAGAAGCCUGUGCGUUUACCCUUGAAGGUGGCUGUUGAACUUCAACCCCGGAGCAACCACUCCUGGGCACGGGUUCAGAGUCUAGCCCAUAAUCCUCGGCUCAGGAUGGUUGUCGAGUUACACCGGAAGGUCUCCACUCUCAUUGAAUUCUUGAAGCAAAAGUGGGCUGUCCAGGAUCAACGAAUCCGUAAGAGCCUGGCAGAGCGAGAAGCUCUGGAUGGCCUGGUCCUGUCCAGCGAGUCGGAGGACCUGUUCCUGUUUCCUGCAGAGAACAGCACAGUUGUGACUUUGCCAGGUGUGGCUCGUGUUGUGCACUCAAAAGCUUCCUGCACGGUACACUGGCAGGAGAGUGGGCGUGGCCGGACAGGUAUUAGGGACUUGCCCGCAGCUCACAUUUUGGGAAUUCAGCCUACAAGAGGAAAAUCAGGCAAGUCUGGUCCGGUGGGAGGAGACUCGAAAAAAAGUGACGGAAAUCCUGUUGACGGUCCUGAUUGCAGCACUUCAGCUCCAGGGUUGGAGACCAGUGUAAACGUGAGCACUACCUCUCCAGUCAGUCCAGUCCUCACUUCAUCACUCCUCAUUGGACAGGAGGUAAGUGCGGUGGGGAAUCUGGAGCAAGAGGCAGUGAGUCAGACUCAGACUGAUGCUAGUGAGUGGGACAAAGAGACUGUGACUCAGGGAGACCCCGCCACAAUCGAGGGCCGGACUGAGGAGCCUGGAACAGCAGGAGGAGGGGUUGCAUCAGAAAAAGCACCGCCACAAUCAGAACCUCAAGGGCGUGGCGAGGAAGUGAGCGCGACUGGACGAUCUCCUCAACAAAUCCAAAACGAAGGUUGGAGCUCACAGGGCUCUGAGAAUGUGACACUGGCAGAAGUCUACCUCAUGCUGGGCAAGCCUGGGAAACUACAGCUGGAGUAUGAAUGGCAGCCUAAACCCCAACCCUCAGCUCUACCCACCACUCAAAGUGUGCUUCGGUGUCUCCUGAGACUUGUCUCAUCAGAGGUCAACCCCAAACCAACCCCGGAGGUGUGUUCAGUGGGCACUUCUCCUUUGAAAUCAGGUCAAGAGGAAUCAUCUGUGACUCCUCCAGGCAGGCCUUCAGCUGGGACGACUCGCAGUCCUAGCUGGGCUCGACAGCAGCAUGCUGCACGCUCAAAAAUACUUCUGAAUAAUUCAGUCAUCACAGGUGGAAGAAACCUGCCGCGUUCCCUGCUGGCCUCUGGAGGUGACAGCGAAGGGUUUGCUGUCCCGAUGACCCUGCCUCCUAACAGCUCCCGUCAGCUGCGGAUGUUCUCUCCUAAUAAAGAGGCUGAGCUAGCCUUUCGCCAGCAGCUGGACUCCAUCAGUUCAGAUAUAUUUUCAAAGCAACGGAAAAUAGGGAGAGGGCGUCCACUAAGAAAACCUCUCGUGGUUCAGAGAACGCUGCUACCACGAACAACUGGAGACACUUCGCCUCAUGUUUGCUCCUUCUCCAUUCUCUCUAAUUCAUCUGCUACAGGAACUGGUUCGUUCCGUCCAAUACAAGCUCGUCUCGCCCCAUCGAACCGCCAGCUUUCCUCAAAAGCUUCAUCCACUACAGCCAGUUCUUCAACCACUACUCAGCUGUCCAGUGCAAUUGACCUGGCUGCAAAAUCUGCAGGUAUUAUCCCUGGCAGCCCCUGUCGGGAAGUGGAGGCCCCCAGUAUAGAAAAGGCCAUUGUGGAGUCUGAGGAGCCCAUGGACUCGGCACCUGCUGCACCUGAGCUAGAGUCAGAUCUACUUGAUCACGAGCCUUCUGAGGAAUCCCUACAGAACGGUGUCUCUCCACCAUCUCCAGGGGGCGGGGACUCCCUCUUGGCUCCUCCCAGUGUUGCUUCCUUAUUAGAUAUUUCUCUACCGGGCCCCCCAGAGGAGUCUCUACCUUCUGGAGAGCCACAAACUCAAAUCAGCGACUCUAUUAUUGAGCUCGCCAUCAACUCGCACUAUGGUGAUGGAUCAUUGCUCUCACCUCCUAAACUCAAUGGGAGUGAUAGAUCCAAGCUCCUUCCCUCCUCAUGUGACAGCUGGAUGCCGUCCCCCACACACGACCCUCAGUGGUACCCCAGUGACUCUACUGAUUCAAGUCUCGGCUGCCUGCUCUCAAGUCUGGCAUCUCCUGAUAAGACAAGAAGGACAGCACUGCCCCCUACGAGUAACACAGCCUUACUUGGACCCAGUUUACUGGACAGCAACUCCCACGAUUGUUUUCAGUCCCGCGGCCUGGCGGAUGUAGCUGAGGUGGAUACACAACUGGCCUGUAUGAUGAGCGAGAGCAGUGUCGACUACAUCGCCCGCUUCAAUGACCUCGCACAGGAGCUCUCUGUCACAGAACCGACCCUCCCACCUCCUCCAGAGGACUGAUGCAGGGGGCGGAGCUUGUCACUGUUCACAUUGGACAGAAGAAUGUAGGAAGUGCAAUAGACUGGCAGGGUCCACAACAGCCUUCGGGCUCUAAUGUGUGCGUGUGAGAGCAUUUGUAUAUGUUUGUGUUGAUUAUUCUGUGGCUGUUGUCUUAUGAGCCACACCCAGGAUACUUAAACAACAAAAAAACUCCGGUUUGCAGCGCAACCUCAUGUACAGAGAAAACAAGACCUGCCAUAUCUGAACAAAUACCGUCUUCUCAUCUGUUUAUCUGUCUCUGUUGUCUUUGUCUCACUUUUGUGUGCGUGCAUGUGCAUGCAUCUGUAAGUGGAGCUGCAGAGUGUCUUUUGUGAUCUCUUUCUAUUGUACACAACACAUUUGUGCGAAACCCUCUAGAGCCAUAGGAGUGUGUCUGUGCACACCCUCCAUUUAUGAGACCUCAUAUUCUGAUUGGUUCAUUUCCAUCUGAAUGUUGUAAGUUGGUGAAAGCCACACUACUGAAAGGGACAAGGGCUUCUUUUUGUGAAAUUAUUACGAGGACUAAAUAGCUAAGACACACUAAACAAAAUGAAUGAUAACACAAAGUUGCAUCAAAAGUGAGAUUACAUUUAUUACGCUACCCCCCCCCCCACAACACUAGGAUUUUUUGUUUCCUGCUGAAUGAAUUUGAAUCCAAUAAUUUGUAGAUUCUAAAACUGAGUUUUCUUUUGUGAGACUUUCUGUGUGUGUGUGUGUGAGAGAGAGAGAGAGAGAGAGAGAGAGAGAGAGAGAGUGUGUACAUUUAUGUAAGUGUUUGCACAGAUGUAAAUAGACAAUAACAGACCCCAGUAUUUACUGCUUUUGUAAUAUUGUAAAUUAUUGUCAUUUGGAUUUAUUUAUUGCUAACUCACUGAGACAGUGUUUCUUGUUUGUAGCUCCUCUCCACUGUUUUAAAGAGUACUGUGGUGUUAAAAGGGGAUUUAAAUCCCAAUGUGUAUAAACAGAGCUACAACAAA